AUGUACUGCAUAUGUUUCUUCACCAUCUUUGGUGUUCUUCUAAUUGGCGAUCCAGUGAACCGUUGUCAAACCCGAGCGGCUUGGAAACACUUUCUGUUUAAGCAGCCGCUCUGGUCUCUGUCUUCCCUGCAGGUGCUGUCGCUGGGCGCUGACGUUCUGCCGGAGUACAAGCUCCAGACGCCGCGCAUCCACAAGUGGACAGUGCUGCACUACAGCCCGUUCAAGGCGGUGUGGGACUGGCUGAUCCUGCUGCUGGUGAUCUACACGGCCAUCCUCACGCCGUACUCCGCUGCCUUCCUGCUCAACGGAGACGAGGACAGCUCCGGGCAGAACUGCAGCUACUCCUGCAGCCCGCUCAACGUGGUGGACCUCAUCGUGGACAUCAUGUUCAUCAUCGACAUCAUCAUCAACUUCCGCACCACUUACGUCAAUGCCAACGACGAGGUGGUCAGCCACCCGCUGCGCAUCGCCGUGCAUUACUUCAAAGGCUGGUUCCUCAUCGACAUGGUGGCUGCCAUUCCCUUCGACCUGCUCAUAGACCGCACCGGGGAGGAGCUGGGUGCAGAGCCAACUCAGCAGACCACCCUGAUCGGGCUGCUCAAGACGGCGCGUCUUCUGCGUCUGGUGCGAGUGGCACGUAAACUGGACCGUUACUCUGAGUAUGGCGCGGCCGUCCUCUUUCUGCUGAUGUGCACGUUCGCUCUGAUCGCUCAUUGGCUGGCCUGUAUCUGGUUCGCCAUCGGGAACGUGGAGCAGAACCGCUCCAUCGGCUGGCUGCAUGCGCUCGGCGUGGAUCUGGGCAAACCACACAACAGCAGCAUCAGGGGAUCGGGACCCAGCAUCAAGGACAAAUACGUGACUGCUUUAUACUUCACCUUCAGCAGCCUGACCAGCGUGGGCUUCGGGAACGUGUCGCCCAACACCAACUCCGAGAAGAUCUUCUCCAUCUGCGUCAUGCUGAUUGGAUCGCUCAUGUACGCCAGUAUCUUCGGGAACGUGUCAGCCAUCAUCCAGCGGCUGUACUCCGGAACAGCUCGUUAUCACACUCAGAUGCUGCGGGUGAGAGAGUUCAUCCGCUUCCAUCAGAUUCCCAACCCGCUGCGCCAGAGACUGGAGGAAUAUUUCCAGCACGCCUGGUCCUACACCAACGGCAUCGACAUGAACGCCGUGCUGAAGGGUUUCCCAGAGUGUCUGCAGGCUGAUAUCUGUCUGCAUCUGAACCGGACUCUCCUGCAGAACUGUAAAGCGUUCAAGGGCUCCAGUAAAGGGUGUCUGCGGGCGUUGGCCAUGAAGUUCAAGACCACACACGCCCCGCCGGGAGACACGCUGGUGCACGCCGGAGACGUCCUGACCGCGAUCUACUUCAUCUCCCGCGGCUCCAUCGAGAUCUUACGUGGAGAUGUUGUGGUGGCCAUCUUGGGGAAGAAUGAUAUAUUCGGUGAGCCCAUCAACCUGUACGCACGGCCCGGGAAAUCUAACGCAGACGUGAGGGCACUGACGUACUGCGACCUGCAUAAGAUCCACAGAGACGACGUGCUGGAGGUGCUAGACAUGUACCCGGAGUUCUCCGACCACUUCUGGAGCAACCUGGAGAUCACCUUCAACCUCAGAGACACAAACAUGAUUCCCGGAUCUCCCAGCAGCGAUGAUUCAGACUGCGUCGGCUUCAACAAACUGCGGAGGAGAAAACUUUCAUUCCGACGACGGACAGAAAAAGAUGAUGCCGAUGCUGGAGAGAUCAAGAAGAAUCAGAAACCUGUCCGGAGAGGCAGAAAACAAGCAGCCAGUAACAAGAACGAACUCAAACCGGGGUGGGAGGAGCCUCGCAAUUCUAUCUCCUCCCACUCCAGUGGUGAUGAGGGGGAGGAGCCUGUGCACACAUGCCCCACCCCUCCCACCACGCUCAUGGAUGUGACUGAGGGAGAGGGCGAUCCCAAAAUAGGAAAUACGUGCAACGCCCUAUCAGGUGCAUUCUCAGGUGUGUCUAAUAUCUUCAGUUUUUGGGGUGACAGUCGGGGGAGGCAGUAUCAGGAGGUGCCCCGCUGCAGUCUCCCGUCGCCCUCGCUGCAUCCCAGCAUGCCCCUGCACAGCAUCAGCCGCCAGCAGCGUAGCCAGAUGGAGAGCAGACUGGAGCUGCUGCAGAAACAGCUCAACAGACUGGAGAGUCGCAUGUCGACGGAUAUCGGCGCGAUCAUGCAGCUCCUGCAGAGGCAGAUGAUGCUGGUUCCUCCGUCCUACAGCAGCGUCUCCUCCCCGCCGCAGGUGUCCAUGUCCCCCGAGAUCCUCGUGCAGCCCGUCACGCCGCUGGACUCCAAAACACCGGCUUCUCUCUCACAGUCCUGUGAGUUUCUCAGCAGCUCCGUGGAGCUCCAUCCAGCGGUCAGCGCCGCUCCUCGACCCGGAUUCUCCAGCCUCGGGGCCCGACUGGAGCUGGAGCCCGACCCCGACAUCCACCGGCGCUUCUCCCUGCAGGAGCCACACACGUCACUGAGCUCACAGACGCCACAGAAACACGGCUCAGACCCCGGGAGCUAGAGAGACCACAACAAACCAGACCAAAACCUGGCUCUGGUUUUGCACUGCGGAGGUUCAGAGGUUCACUGGAGGUGGUUUUACUCGUCUUUACUGCUGUCGUCCAGUAUUGGAUAUCCCUAAACAAAUAAUGAUGAUUCUUACUAACUUCAAGUAGCCAUUAUGUCUUGCACUGAAUUUUCCAGACUCUCUCGAUCUUUCUCUUCAAGUCUGCGGCGCUUCCAAAACUGACUGAACUCGUUAGUGUUAGCUGGCCUAACAGAAGAAAACCCUUCUAAUAAUAAUAACCUGUGUGUCUGUCCUGUCAUUGCCUUCAUUUCCUGUGCAUCGAUGAAGGAGGCGGAGCCUCAGGCCCCACCCAAGCACACUGGAUUGGCUGGAUGAGGUGAUUGGCGGGUUUUUAAAGCUAUGAUGAAGCAUAUCAUGUGUUGUGACACUGGAUGAACAAUAUGCAAAGAGCUGAUCGCGCGUCACGUCCCGCUUGGCUUCCGUUCGUUUGUUUUUCAGCUUUUCUUUCAACUCGACGUGAUUUUUGUAGUUAGAACACAUUAGCUUUAGCAAUACCGAAUCCUUUAAACCACAAACGAAACCAAAUAUUGAAGAUUGGGUUGGACCAAAUGUUUUUCGUUGGUCUGUGGUGUUUACGGCCUGCAGUCACAGUCACGUGAUUAUUAAUUAUUAUUUGGUACAUUUAUGAGCUCUUGAACUUGGCAAUGAAUUGGUUUUGGUUUUCCAUUGACGUGUGGACCAAUGAAAAAAAUCAACUUUAUAUACGCUCUUAAGCAUGCGAUAAUAAACACUUUUAAUAUUUAGCCAUUUAUUUUAUAUCAGACUU